CCUUUUCUACUGUUACCCCCUUCACCUUGGAUCAUGUUCAAGAAAUUUGAUGAAAAAGAAAAUGUGUCCAACUGCAUCCAGUUGAAAACGUCAGUUAUUAAGGGUAUUAAGAACCAGUUGACAGAGCAGUUUCCAGACAUUGAUCCAUGGCUUAAUCAAAUCAUGCCUAAGAAAGAUCCAGUCAAAAUAGUGCGAUGCCACGAACAUAUAGACAUCCUUACAGUAAAUGGAGAGUUACUAUUUUUCAGACAAAGAGAAGGGCCAUUUUAUCCAACUCUAAGGCUGCUUCACAAAUACCCUUUUAUCCUGCCACGCCAGCAAGUUGAUAAAGGAGCCAUCAAAUUUGUACUCAGUGGAGCAAAUAUCAUGUGUCCAGGCUUAACUUCUCCCGGAGCCAAGCUUUACUCUGCUGCAGUGGAUACGAUUGUUGCAAUCAUGGAAGAAGGAAAACAGCAUGCUCUGUGUGUCAGAGUCAUGCAAAUGUCUGCAGAAGAUAUUGAGAAAGUCAACAAAGGGAUUGGUAUUGAAAAUAUCCAUUGUUUAAAUGAUGGCCUGUGGCAUGUGAAGAUAUAUAAAUGA